GGAAGUCGAGAGUUGUCGAGCAGCGCGCUGCAACAGCAACACAGCAUGCAGUCCGCGCUCAAGCUCGCGCGACGGCCGGCGGCUGCCCUCUCGAGGCGCGGCGUGCGCAACGCGGGCAGCCUGACCAUGGACGUCCACCCGUCUGGCGUCGCGCUCAUAAAGAUCGACUGCCCGAACGCAAAGCAGAACACCAUGUCAAAGGAGCUGCUCGAGGAGUUUGAGGAGAUCACGUCGCGGAUCGAGAAGGACGCAGCGGUCAAGGCGGUCGUGCUCAUGUCCUCCAAGCCGGGCUCCUUUGUCGCGGGCGCCGACAUCAAGCAGAUUGCUGCGCUCGGCGACGCGCCUCCGGAGGUGCUCGCAGAGGCGUCCGGCAUGGGCCAGGCGGCGCUGGACAAGCUCGAGUCGAUGCAGAAGUCGAAGCCGUGGGUCGCGGCGAUCGACGGCCCCGCGCUCGGCGGCGGCCUCGAGAUUGCGCUCGCCUGCUCGCACCGCGUCGCCACCUCGUCGCCUAAGACCAUCCUUGGCCUGCCCGAGGCGGCGAUCGCCACUGCGCUCGACGCCGCAUCCGGCAAGACGAAGCCGCGCCAGCGCAAGCUCGGCUGGAUGGACUGGUUCCUCGAGAAGACACCGCCAGGCCGCAAGCUGCUCUUCGACCAGGCGACCAAGGCGAUGCUCAAGCAGACGAAGGGCAACUACCCGGCCCCGCCCGCGAUCCUCGAGUGUGCGAAGGCGGGCCUCGAGGCGGGGCACACGGCAGGCUCCACCGUCGAGCGGCAGCUCUUCGGCAAGCUCGCCGCGACGUCUGAGUCCGCCGCGCUGCGCGGCAUCUUCUUCGGCGCGACCGCCGCCAAGAAGAACCCGUUCGGCAAACCCGACAAGAAGGUGGAGACGAUUGGCGUCCUCGGCGCCGGACUCAUGGGCGCGGGCAUCGCGGAGGUGUCGAUCGGCAAGAACUUGCGCGUGCUGAUGAAGGACAAGGACCAGGCGGGCCUCUCGCGCGGUGAGGACAUGAUCCUCAAGUCGCUCGGCGCCAAGCUGAAGAAGAAGCGCCUCACCACCUACACGCACGACGCGCAGGCCUCGCGGCUCGUCGGGCUCACCGACGGCUCGCCCGCGUGGAAGAAGCACUUUGCGGGCGCCGACAUGGUCAUCGAGGCGGUCUUCGAGGAGAUGUCGGUCAAGCACAAGGUGGUGCGCGAGAUGGAGGCCAUCGUCGGCCCGCACUGCAUCAUCGCGUCAAACACGUCCACCCUGCCGAUCGGCGAGAUCGCGUCGGUCGCGCAGCGGCCGGAGAACAUCGUGGGCAUGCACUACUUUUCGCCCGUGCCAAAGAUGCCGCUGCUCGAGGUCAUCACGCACGACAAGACCGCGCCCGCCGUCGCCGCCGCCGCCGUCGAGGUUGGCAUCCAGCAGGGCAAGACGGUGAUCGCGGUCAAGGACGUGCCCGGCUUCUACGUGAACCGCUGCCUCGGCCCCUUCCUCACGGAGGCGAUGGCGCUCACGCAGCAGGGCGCCGACCCGCUCGCGAUCAACUCGGCGCUGCUCGACUUUGGAAUGCCCGUCGGCGGCGUGACGCUCUGCGACGAGGUCGGGAUCGACGUGUCGCGCCACGUCGUCAACAACCUGAUCGGCGACCAGGCCAAGGGCUACCUCGGUGUGCGCAUGGAGGGCGCCGACUUGCGUAUGCUCGACCGGUUCGUCGAGGAGGGUCUGCUCGGCCGCAAGGCCGGCCGCGGCUUCUUCGACUACUCGGACCCGAAGGCCAAGAAGAAGCCGAUCAACAAGGACGCGCUCGCCAUCCUCAAGGAGUUCCGCGACCCCGCCAAGGACGCGUCGCAGCUGUCCAAGGAGCAGCUCGUCGAGAGGAUGAUGAUGCGCUUCAUCGUCGAGGCGCUCUACUGCCUGCAGGACGGCGUCAUCCGCAACGCGCGCGACGGCGACGUCGCCGCCGUGAUGGGCAUCGGCUUCCCGCCCUUCCGCGGCGGCCCCUUCAUGUACAUCGACAAGCUCGGCGCGGACCACGUCGUCAGCAGGCUCAAGGCGCUCGAGGCGGAGCACGGCGCGCAGUACGCGCCGCCCGAGAUCCUGCUCAAGCACGCCAAGGACGGCACGCCCUUCAUCUCCUCUGCGCCCGAGCCGGAGGCUUGAGCCCGCCCGCCGGCGUGUAUUGGUGUCUGCGCCGCCCGGCAAGCGGCUUGCGGCAAGGGUGUGCGCGCGUCUGCUGUCCUCGCUCCGAGCACCCCUCCUGCCUCCACUGUUUCGUGUUUGCUCUUGAGAUGUGGCUCCUGUGCGCUUGGAGACGGAGGUGUGAAUUGACUAUUGUUGUCCUGGUUGUGGUUCUCUUGCCGUAUGUACGAACAGUCAAAACUCAAAUGAGAGAGUCCUGG